AUGAAGCGGCUCUCUCCGCAGAUGGCUGCGGGCUACAGCCCCAAGGAUGUUGAAAGUGAAUGGUAUGAAUGGUGGGAAAAGUCCGGCUUCUUCCACCCUGCAUCCGAUGUGGGCCGCAAGCACAAUGGCAAGACGUUUGUCAUCAUAUCCCCUCCUCCCAAUGUCACUGGAUAUUUGCAUCUUGGCCACUCCUUGACAGGUUCUGUGCAGGAUACACUUAUUCGAUUCCACCGCAUGAAGGGCGAUAACACCUUGUACGUUCCUGGUACAGAUCACGCCGGUAUUGCCACACAAGUAGUUGUGGAAAAGCGUCUUAUGCGAGAAACUGGUAAGACGCGUCAUGAUCUUGGUCGAGAAGAGUUUUUGAAACGUGUGUGGGACUUUAAAGAAAAUCACGCUGGUGUGAUUACCCGACAACUACGGCAGAUUGGCCUUAGUUUGGAUUGGUCACGAGAACAUUUUACGAUGGAUAAACAUUGUGCGGGGGCGGUAGUGGAGGCCUUUGUGAGGCUGCACGAGGAUGGUCUGGUGCACCGCUCCACACGCCUUGUGAAUUGGUGUUGUGCGCUGCAGAGCGCUAUUUCUGACUUGGAGGUGGAGUUUAUUGAUGUGCCCAAAAAUACAAAACUUGCCAUUCCUGGUUACGACAAGAAAGUCGACAUGGGUGUUUUGACCCACGUUGCUUACAAGUUUGAGGGCAGUGAAGAGGAGAUUGUUAUUGCCACGACUCGGCCAGAGACCAUUUUGGGGGAUACGGCGGUCGCAGUUCACCCCGAUGAUGAACGCUAUAAAAAGCACCAUGGCAAACGCUUAAAGUGUCCUUUCCGUGAUGAGACCAUUCCGCUGAUCCUUGACCCUGUUUUGGUUGACGUGAGUUUUGGCACAGGCGCCGUGAAAAUUACUCCUGCACAUGACCCAAAUGACUUUGAGGCGGGGGUACGGCACAAUUUACCGCAACUCACCAUGAUGGAUCUUCAUGGACGAAUCUCCAUGGAUGGCCCAUUUAAGGGAAUGCAUCGCUUUGAUUGCCGUCGUGAAAUUGUGAAGGAGCUUGAAAAGAUGGGUCUUCUGCGUGAGGUGGUUCCCUAUGAGUAUCGUGUUGGUCGCUGCAGUCGUACAAGCGACAUUGUGGAGCCAAUGCUGAUGCCGCAGUGGUUUGUUGACUGCGGCGAAAUGGCACGUAAGUCGGUGGAGGCUGUGCGUAACAAAGAGCUACGUCUGUACCCUGCAUCGCACGAAGCGGUUUGGUUUCACUGGUUGGAGAACAUCAAGCCAUGGUGCGUCUCUCGUCAGCUGUGGUGGGGCCACCGUAUCCCCGCAUACAAGUGUCUAGGUGUGAGAUCAUCUGACCCUGAAGAUCUCUGGGUGGUGGCUCGUAACAUCGAGGAGGCCAAGUCCAAGGCCCGUACGAAAUUUAACAUGACUGACGAAGAAUUGGAAGAACUGGUGCUGGAGCAAGAUCCGGAUGUGCUUGACACAUGGUUUAGUUCUGCCAUGUGGCCCUAUUCGACCCUCGGCUGGCCAGGGGACACAGACGAUAUGCACACGUUUUUCCCUGGAAAUUUAAUGGAGACCGGCCACGACAUCCUCUUCUUUUGGGUGGCACGCAUGGUGAUGACGUCUCUUCAUUUCACAGGGAAGUUACCCUUCUCCGAAGUGUUUUUGCACGCCAUGGUGCGUGACAAAAAUGGUGAAAAGAUGAGCAAGUCGAAAGGGAAUGUGAUUGAUCCACUUUUUGUUAUCAAUGGUGUUACCCUUGAUGGACUUCACGCCACAGUAACGAACGGCAAUUUGGACGACAAGGAAGUUCCUCGGGCGCUAAAGUUACAGAAGGAAACGUUUCCAAAUGGUAUUCCUGAGUGCGGGAGCGAUGCACUUCGGUUUGGCCUUCUUUCCUACACGCAAUCAGGGAGGAGCGUCAACCUUGACAUUGACCGUAUUGUUGCCUACCGCCAGUUCUGCAACAAAUUAUGGAAUGCGGUGCGGUACGUGCUGUAUCACGCCUUGGGAACCGAAUACAAACCAAGCCUGACAGUUAUUGAUGUCUCUAAGGUGGAAAAUUAUCCAUUGGAAUGCCGCUGGAUUCUGUCCCGCCUAGAUGUGGCGGUGGAAGAGUGCACCCGCGCCUUCUCGGAGGGUUCUUACGACUUUGCCCUUUCUACCAACGCAGCCUACCGUUUCUGGUUGUACGAGCUAUGCGAUGUCUUUCUUGAGCUUUCGAAGGUUUCUAUUCAAGCCGGUGACGAUAAAAAGCAGCUGGUGCAGGAUGUGUUACUGCACGUGGUGGAAGCCGCGCUUCGACUGCUGCAUCCCAUGAUGCCCUUCCUCACAGAGGAGCUUUGGCAUCACCUGCCGAAUUACAAUAGCUUCGGGGUAGAUACUAUUAUGCUCGCCCCGUAUCCUGUUGUAGCUGGAUGGAGGAAUGACACUGUGGAGCAGCAGAUGAGGCUCAUGAUGGAUACAGUGCACAAUGUUCGUUCCACCAAGGCCUCCUACUCGCUUACAAACAAACACAAACCUGAUGUGUGGAUUACCGCCCAAACCAGCGAGGUGAAGCAGUUGCUAAUAGAUCACAAGUACAUGGUCUCUUCUCUCGGUGUGGUGGGAAAUGUCUUUGUUAUUUCUCCUGAGGAGGUGGAGGCCAGUGUUCCAAAAGGCUGCGGGUUUUCCGUGGUGAACAAGGAGGUGGGCGUCAACAUGAUGCUCCUGGGUUUCAUUGACGUUCAGAAGGAGGUCACGAAGCUUGAUAAGCAGCUUGAGGGGCUGCAAAAGCAGAUUCAAUCUCUCAAGAAGAAAAUGUCCAUUUCAAACUAUGACACGAAGGUCCCUGCUGAGGUGCGGGCGUCGAACAGCGAGAAGCUUGACGCGCUCACGGCCCAGGAGAAGCAACUCCUGGAAGGUCAGAAGAAGAUGAGGGCCAUGCUAUAG